CUCAGACAAUAACCCUGCAAAGUAGGUUAGCACUGUAAGCUCCCACAUAUUGCUCACUCUUAACCUACAGUUGCCUAUCACAGAGCUCAUAGUAAAGAUAAUCCCCAGAAAAGCCCCCCAAACCUAGCACACACCCCUCCACGUCACACUAGGUUUCGAAAGAUGUGUUUUUUCAGGGAACAAACCCCACUGAAACCAACCCCGCUCUCAGCUCCCUUACAAGUGAGCAGGCUACUCAUAUCUACUCGUAUCUCCCUAUAAAAACAAAAGCGCGGGUUGAUUCAACAGAUCUUAACCCGGGGCGCCCCACGUGCUCUCCCCCCUUCCCACGAGAACAGGAUAUCCACAAUGUUUUGGACACAUGGAAUCGGAAACAUGUUGACCCAGCAUAACCUGCCGACCCUCGGCUCCCACCCCGUUUCUCACUUAGCCUUAACUCGCCUGCAAAGGUAAAUAUUGCCCCCUCCUUCCAAAAUAAUAUGACCUGCUCCCCCAGAAGUCCUUCCCUCCAGUGCCUCCCCUCUCCCCACCGCCCCCCCCCAAGCUCCUCACAUAGAUCAGGAACUUCAGUCUCCUCUUCAAGGCCCUGUAGCGCCUUUUGUAGCCCCCGCUGCCAGGAUCAGGCUCUCCCGCCCCGUUCAUGCCCACCUGGGGGAGCAACGGGAGGCAGGAACUGAGACUGGGGUGAGAGAGAGAGCGCGGGGGGGAGCGGGGGGGAGGUUACAGUGGAAGAACUACAUUUCCCGGUAUGCUCCGGGAAGAAAGCGCAGCAAAGCGGAUGGGCAGGAGGAGCGGGACUACGACUCCCGGCAUGCCUCGCGGCGGGGAGGCUCUUCCCACAACAACAACCCCCAAUUUAUUUAUUUUUUAUUAUCUGGAGUCCCUAUAAUUCAGACACGUCAUGGGAGCUUUUGAGAGGCCCAAACUCAGGGAAUUAAACAAAGGGCAGCGCUUCGUAAUAUAAAGACAACGUUUCCCCCAUUGGACGCGCGUUGGCUUGUCACACCCGGAAGUACCCGCUGCCGCCCCGUUGCUACGGGCACGUACGCGUUGCUAGGACUACGUUUCCCGUCAGGCCCGGCGACGCCGUCGAAUCCGCUCCCAUUGGCUCAUGUGCUAACCCUCGCGAACCACGCCUCCCGUGCCUUGCGUCGCUCCCUUAUUUCUCCACCCGCCGCCGUGAUAGGCUCUUCUGGUUGCUGCUGCUGCGGUCGCUGUUCCUCGGAACUACACUUCCCAGUAGGCCUUGCGGGGAGAAGGACCGCUUCAGCUCGGAGGAGCCCGUUGGCGGGAAAGGAUGGCAGCGGAUCCCGCGGAGUUGCAGAGGAUGGAAGCCUUCGUCAGGGCUCUUUUCCAGGAAAAGCCCGACCUCAGGUGAGAGUCCGGAGCUGCGCAAGGCUUCCGGCUGAAGGGGCGCCUGCAAGGCUGAACCCGAAGCCGGGCCCGGCGGCCUUUGGCCCUGCUUUUCCCGCUCGGGACUAAGGAAGACUGGGGUGCCCCCUGAGCAUUUGCAGAGUGCGUUUGCCUCGCCGCUGAAAUAAACCGCACAGCCGGCCGCUUUCGCGUCGGGGAAGGCGGUGGGGGAAAGGCGCUUCCUCGGGAAUGGGUGUGAUGCGAGGAAAGACUGAACCGCUGAGCGCACACCUGCUGGCACCUUUUGCCAUGAAGAUCUGGCCUCCCUUGGAGGAGAAGGUCGUGGUCAGUCGCUGGCCGGGGGUGGGUGGGUGGGUGGGUGUCCAGGAUAUCCCUCUGACCUGGUAAGGACGAUGGAUCCUGAAUCUCUUUUACAAACUUAUACCGAUUGAUACACAGGUGCUCUAAUCUUAACAGAAAAUAUCUUAACAGAUACAUGCCAGACCAGUUUUCCAGGGAGGGGUAAGCCCCCCACAUGCCAAGCAAUGUUAUCUAUUAGCAGGAUUUACAGGUGAACUAUUUUGGGGGAGGUAUUCUCCCUCAUCUCCUUCCUUCUACUGCAGAGAAAUAGUUGAGGUCAUUUAAGAGACUCGAAAUGGCUUUAGAAUUGCUCGCUACAUCUUUUCAGAAUAUGGUUUAUAUACCUAUGUAUGUGCAUCCACCCUGUGUAUUUUGAAUAUUUAUUGUUUUGCCAUCUUAGAGUUGGGGGGUGGGGCGAGUACACACAUAGAGUGGCGCUGUGGUCUAAACCACUGAGCCUCUUGAGCUUGCCAAUCAGAAGGUUGGCAGUUCGAACCCCCGCAACCUGGUGAGCUCCCGUUGCUCGGUCCCUGCUCCUGCCAACCUAGCAGUUUGAAAGCACACCAGUGCAAGUAGAUAAAUAGGUACUGCUGAGGCGGGAAGGUACAUGGUGUUUCCUUGCGCUCUGGCUCCUGUCACGGUGUUCUGUGGACAAACGUUGGGUCCCUCAGCCUGAAAAGCAAUAUGAGCGCCGCAAUUCAAUAGUCACCUUUGAUUGGACUUAACUGUCCAGGGGUCCUUUACCUUUUUACCUUUUACACACAUAGGCCAGUUCUCAGGUAACAAGCCCAAUGUCUAGGAUGAGGGAGCCCACAGACACCAGCUGUGACCAUUUUGCUCAAGUACUUUUAAGUACAUGGUGCAUCUGUCUCCCAUUGGGAGGUUGUGGACAUGAACUGUGCAUUGCCUGCUCCCAUUUAAGCCUGCCCGUAUGUUGUAUUUAUCAAGCACUUGCUAUGUGGCAACACACAAGAGGGUCCCUCAGGACUGGCAGAUCAAUAAUGGAAUGCCCUCCUUUCUUAGAUAUAACAGGUGCCUACGCUGUUGGGCUUUUAGUACCAAAUAAAAAUGUGUUUAUUUGCCCCAGAUUUCGGUUAAUCCGUUCAUUGGUGCUGGAGAUGGGCAUGCUUGUCUUGCUGGUUCCUUGUGACUUGGUGGCUGUUGAUAUUUUAUUAUUGUAUUGUUUUUAUAUGCGUUGGAACUGGAGAUGGAACUUGAACUGGAAAUGAAAUUAACAGUGAAUGUGUGGCUAUUCCAACAAAAGCCUCAUUCCUCACCAUUAUUGCUGUUUCUUGCAGCACCCUCACGAAUGCUAUAAUCCGGAAGAAAUAUCUCCUCCAUGCCGGGCGGGAGAGUAUGGCUGAAGAGCAAAAGGAGCAACUCAGGCAGCUGGUGGCAGUAGAGUUGAACCGGAUGGAGGUGCGGGCAAUGUUAGUGGGCAAAGGGCAGGGCAGGGCAGCACUUUCGCUGGGAGAGCCAGCUGGAGGAGAGGAAAGGUGUGCUGUGCCGCCAGAGGCAGUGAAAGGGGUCCAAAUAGUUAAAGCUGGAAACUUUUCAUUUUGAUGUCAUUCUACAGGAGGAUGAUUCCAUGAAUGCCGUAGAGUUCAUGGCAAAAUUCAAGACUCACAUCAAAUCCAUGAUCCAGAAGCGACCUCGCUGCAACUCUGAUACCCCUGGCGAGGAGUUAGAAAUCCACGAGCUCAAGAAGCAGCGAACUGGAAGCAUACCAGGUAUAUGACAAGAUUGCAAAAUGCUGUCCUGUAUGCAAAUGCUCCCUGGCAUAGUCUUGGUCUCUCGCUUGUGGAAGGGUCUUUCUUAAGGUUGGUUUUCACAAUUAUUUGUAAAUGGCAGGCUGACAGUUUUUUUGGGAAAGAUGACUUUUCCCACCUGUUUACUAUUCUUUCCUUGUGAUAUGCAGCUGCAGGGGAGUAUCUGAGACUCUUGGAGCAUGAGUGUGUGUGUGUGAGUUCUGUGCAUAGUGGUCAGCCUUCACUUUUUUGUGGGAAAUUCCCUUAUUCCAGCACAGUUUCCUGCUGCUAUCCCGGAUUGUUAGAUAUCCCGUAGACUGUCCCCGGGACAGGUGAGGCUGCUGAUCCCUUAUUUUCAAAUCUUAAAGUUGACAGCUAUGGUUCUGUGAUUGUUUAAAGCAAUUGCACAGUCCGUGAGGAAGUGCUGCUUCUUGCCUGUCCAGUAUGCACUGCUUUCAGUUUGCUUGGAUGACCUUGCUUUCUGGCAGGAAAUUGCUGGGAACUUCCUCUGCAGGCCAUGCAGUCCAGAUAAUGGGCUGAUAGCAGCGCAUAAUUGAAAUCAGCUUCUCUCAUUUUAAAAAUCCACUUUGUUUUAUCUUUUAUCCCACACUGAGGCCCUUCCAUCCAUCACUGAUGGGUUGCUUAGCUUCAGCCAGAUUCCUGCAUCAUAGAAUUGUAGAGUUGGAAGGAUUCUGUUAGUUAUGUUGAGAAUUACCUUAAUGGAGAUCUGUGUCAGCUGCAUUUUUAUGUAAAGGGCUUUCACAGAAAGCAUGUGGUUACCUCUUUUACAGGCUCUCUGCCACUUUCAGAACACAAUUUUAAAUAUAUAAAAGAAUGAAAAAGCUAUAUGCCCAUGGAACAUUAGCAUGUCUCUUAAUUAUCAAAAUGCAGAGAGUUUUUCAUCUAAGGGGAAACAUUCAUUCCUGUUUUCUGAACACACAUUACCUCUGCCACUGUCAGCUUUCUCCUCAUUGGGUAGAUCCCUGUCCUGGCUUGAGCCUAAAAGCAGGCCUCGCGGGGAGGAGGAGGCGGCCAUAAGGGAAGCACCACAUCUUCUGAGUAUAGAUGAUGGUGGCCUGAGGUGGUGGAACAUCUCUGGAAUAUUUGCCUGGAACUCAUCUUGGCACUACUACGGUGCCAUGUCAUACCCACUGUGCAUUGGUGCAAAGUUGAUUGUUUAGUGGGACGGCACCUGCGCUUUGGAACUCCCUGCCUCUUGAAAUCAGGCCGACGUCUUCACUGUAUCCUUUUUGGCACCUGCUAAAAACAUUCUUUUUUUAGACAAGCUUACCCAGAUGCUUGGAAAGCUGAGGUAAUUUUGAUCUGUUUUAGUAUUUUAACUCUUGUACGUUUUAAGGUAGGGCUGUGAACCUACUUUAUUGUUUUAUCUUUAUUGUUUUAUCUUUGUUUUUUACAAUCAAGUAGUGUAUAAAUUUUAUGAAAUAAAUAAAUAAUAAAUACUAAGUCUCUAAACACUUUUAAUAAACACUUAUCCUUUAAAAAAAGUAAUGUUACUAUUUUUCCUUUAUUUAUGGUAUUUCAGGUUUGUAGUUCUUCUCUCACCAGUAGAAAAUAGGACAGUGGGAUAUUGUUAUGCUCCACUUUCUUGAAGGCAGUAAAAACACCAUCCUUCUCGGAGGCUUCUAAGUUGCCCCUCUGCAAGCAGCAAUUUGUUUUUUCUGCCCUUGCUUGAAGCAGGCCAGUUUAAUCACUGGUGUUCUUCGGGCCUUUAGCUGCUGUUUUCUUGUGAGUGCAGUUACUUUGUGUGUGUUUGGUUUGCCCUUUUUUGAGGGGUUUUUUCCUCAGCGGGUUGUUUUUUGUUUGUUAUUAGAUGGAUUUUUGACCUCUGAUCACCGUAAUGAUUCCUACUUGCUUUCCUCUGUGGCGUUUUCUCUCCUCCGCUGUUUGCUAAAUUAAUUCUACUGAGUCGGCAAAUAAAAUUGUGUUUUUUAUUCUUUGCUUUUUAAAAAAAAUUCAAACAAAUGUUUAAAAGAAACAGGGUGGGGAAGAAUUUGAAUUAAAGUCGGACAAGGGUAUAUUCCUCAUAGUGAGUUGCUAUGCGUUACAGGGCUAUGCUAUUAUGGAGGGGGCACACGUGACCCUAUUGGCUCCACCACCAGCAGUUGCGACAACAUUGGGGAUGCCUGGUCGCCUGCGGACAGUUGUUAACUUGCCACAGGUGACCAGGCAAAUUUCCAGCCAGGUAGACUGAUUAGUGCCCCUUCUCAAUAUCUGUCAUGUUGCUCACUUUUUAUCUUCCAGAAGUCAGUUCUGAUGAUAAAGAUUCUGGGAUUGAUUCCAAGAAGAUACCACUCCGUUGUGACCCUAAGCAUGUUGGAGCUGGGAAAUCUUCUAGCUGCUCUGACCAACGAGAUUCCGGAGCCGAAGGACAGGCUGGCGGAUCUGAGAGUGAUGGGCAAAGUGCAAAGAAGAGAACGAGGGAACGACCCCAGAGGGGGAAAGGUAGCAAACCAAACAGGGAGCAGCAGAGCAGGAGACAGAGAGAACAAUCAGGGAGUGAGUCGAAGGAGACAACAGAAGAGGAACAGAGUGACCUUGAAGAGAUCAGAAAACAUAAGGCAGCAAAAGGCCAAAGAAUCGAAUCAGAGAGUGACUCUGAACAAGAGCUGAGCAACUACAAGACCCAGAAAAAGAAAGGGUUUGGCAAAGAACAGAAGCUCACUGAGACAGUGGGCAAAGGAAAGAACAGAAAUAUGGAUGAGCAAGGGAGAAAAAUGGGAGAAGAGUCGGAAGAGGACAUGGAGUUGCCCAAGGCAAGAAAAAUGUGCAAGGGGGGAAGAAUUGAUGGAAGUGAGAGUGAAGAGGAGAUGAAGGGCAGUGGCGGCAAAAAGGCUCAGAACAGGCCAAGACGAAGAUGUUUGAAGGCUCAAGGUGAGAGUGAGGAUGAAUCAGAGAGCGAUUCAGAGGAUGAGCAGCCCAGCAGGCAAAACAAGAUGAGGAGAAAUAGUAAACGAAGCAGGGAAAGUAUGAGGGCAGAGGAGCUGGAGAGGGAUUCAGACAGUGCCGGAGGCAAAAGUUGGGCGAAGAAGGAAAUGCACAAGGCAGCUAGGAGGGCAAAUGAGAAAUGGAGCCAUAACUCAGAGAGCGAUUCUGAAGACGAUGGGGAGUUCAAGAGGCAGGCCAGCAAAGGAAUGAAAAAGACACAGAAGAGGAAGGAACUGGAGCAGGGAAAGCAUAAGCCUCCCAAGCAAAGCACAAGCAGGGAAGAAUCAGAAAGCGAGAGAAAUGAGUGUAAGAGCUCAGAGCAAAAAAGAAAAGGGACCAAGAAGCCCAGCAGUAGCGAAGAUGAAUCGUGCAGUGAGACAGAGGAGAUGGAAAGGGGCAAAAGCAAAUCCAAGAUGUCUGAUGGGAGCAGUGACGAAUCAGAGGAUGGGUCGGAAGAGUGGGAAAGUGGAAAGUUGAGAAAGAAAAGAGAGCUUAAAAAGAAGGGCAAGAGUGUGUCUGGGAGUGAAUGUAGCUCAGAGGAAGAGUCGCUGAGAAAGGAAGGAGAGAAGUCCCAGGGAAAGCAUACCAUCGCUGAAAAAGAUCUGGGGACGGAUUCAGAGGACAGUGGAAGUGAAUUGGUGGGAAGGAAAAAAGGCCUGCAGAAGACUGGGAUGCAGAAGCCCCAAAGGAGGGAAGCGAGUUCAAGCUCAGGAGAUGAAGAUGACCCCCGUUCUUCCAAACGCAAAGGAAAGGUAAGGAGAUCUUUGCUUGGCAAUGCCAAACAUUAAUAGCUCUGUACAACUGCGGGCACAGUUUGUCCUCUCCCUCCCUCCCCCACCAGCAUGUUAAGAUAUUCCCAAGAUUGAUAUUUACUCAAGUCUUUUGUGUUCUGGGUGGCAGUUCCAGCACCAUAAUGUGCUGGUCAGUGUAUAUUCAGCCUGGCCAUGGAGUGUAGUCUGGCACGAGCGUUUGUUCUCAAAAGUAACCUGAAUCAUUGUGCGAAUGUCAGGCACGCAGGGAGCACAGAGUUUGGGGAUUAAUGGCCAGUGGGUGCCCUCAGUCUAAGCAGGCUGCCCGCCUUUACUCUCUCCUUUUGCUUCUAUAUCGAAAAUCAAAUUUGUGCGUGUGUUUUAACUAUGCAUCCUGCCUUUCAGGAUACACAUCCUUCCCAGGCAUUUAACUUAAGACCAUAGGAACAGAGUCUCAGACCAGUGGCCCAUCUAUCUCAUUGUUGUCUACAUUGGCUGGCAGCAGCAUCUGUGUGGAGAGGCUGGGGAUUGAGCCUGGGAAUCUUCUACGCGAAAAGCUAAGGGCCUUCCACUAGCAUGCGGCACCCAAAAGGGAAUGUGGCUGGAAAAGUUUCCCCUCCCUUCCAAUAAGGCACAGCACGUUAUUUUAAAGGAAUGGCUGCCUUUUGAAAAUGCAGCGGUUUUAUGGACCCCGUGUCAGGUUUUGCGAUCUCUUCCCCGUUCCCCACCUGCUGCAGGACAAAGAACAUCACUCCAGGAAGAAUGAGGAGCAUUCUUCAAUCCGACGCCUGAAACGCUACAUCCGGGAGUGCGGUGCCCAUCGGAAUUACAAGAAGCUGCUUAGCGGUUGCCACUCCCGCAAAGCUCAGUUAAAGGUGCUCAAAGAAGAGCUGGAAAACCUCGGCCUGAAGGGUAGGUGCAAGUUGGAUGCUUUAGGCAGAAACUGGGAAGAGCAGGGAAAGCCUGUUUGCAAGGGAAGGAGAGAGGGAGGGAGGGAGAGGCUGGAUCCAGGAACUAGGGGUCAGCAGCACUGUGUGUGCUUGCUUCCAAACCCCACAUUCAGGCCAAGGAAGUUGUGGAUGCUGCAACCAGCCUGUAGGAGUUACGCACGCACAGCCCAUUUUCAAAGUCAGUGGCUGGUCUUGUGCGAUUAUGGAAAGAGCUGUUGGGAGUCCCGUGACCACACACACCGCCUUCACUACUGUAAUUCCUACUUGGGGGUCCUCUGGUUCAGAAAUUUAAACAGGUGUCUCUGGAGACUAUCUUUUACAGCCUCAAAAGCCAGAUUCUUUGCAUGAUCCAGAAAUCCGUCAGAUGAAGCUGUCUUUUAGUGUGUUGGACGACUGUUCCUUCUAGCUCAGCAUUGGCUGCCAGUGACUCUCCCGCACUUUAGGCAGGGGACUUUUCCAGCCCUAACUGGCGAUGCCAAGGGUUGAAGUGUGGACCUUCUGCAUGCAGAGCAUAUGUUCUGUCACUGCACUAAAGCCCUUCUCUAGUUUCUCCCAUCCAUCAAGGUUUCUUUGGUUUGUGAGACUUGAAGAGAACUUGCUUUCCUCACUACUACAUCCCCACGUGAAUGAAAAGCUGCCCCUGUUUGAAUUUGUACCCAUCAGGCUCUUUUAAAGGCACCGUAUCUCAGGGAAACUACAGCAACAUCUUUUUCAGAGUGUGGCUAUUUUUCAGUCUUAUCCUUCUGAGCACAGGGGGACGCUUGCCCACGUGUCUCACUUCUUGGCCUGUGUUUUCCCUCCCCUUUUCUCAGGGGCACCAACUCUGGCCAAGUGCAAGGCCUUGAAGCAGAAGCGGGAAGUGGCCGCCGAAAUUGCUUCGCUCGAUCUCUGCAACAUCAUCGCCACACAAGGUAAAGGUGGGAGGAGCCAAAGAGAAGGGACAUGGCUAGUGGUAGAUAGGAAGAAACCUGGAAACUUUAACUUCCUGAUUUCUGCCUUUGUUUUGCAUGUGUAUUUGAGCCAACCUGCCCCACGCAGGGUGAUAACCAGUUAUGUCACACUCAGAGCAGGCCCACUGACAUCCGUGGAUUUAAGAUACUAAAGCCCAUUUGAUUUCAGCGCUCCCACUGUGCGAUUAACAUUUAAUAUUGUGCAUCGUCUGGUGGGAAAACUGGAAAUCAGACGUGGGGCUUGUGAUAUGCUUCUUCCCAAUCUUGGAUAUUCUACUUUUCUAACCGAUUAUCGUUUACUUCCAGUCUUGUUUUUGCAUCUUAUUUCUGACCAAAGGAUGCACGGCAACCGUUCCUUUUGGUGAUCAAGUAAAUACUACAGAUAUUCCAGUUUCUUUUUUCUUUUUCUUUUGCAUGCACGCAUGCGGGGGCAGGGAGGAAAAAGGGCACGGGUGUAAGAAAAAUGAUGGUAGAGCUCUAGGGGUUUCGUUUAGAUGCAAGGGGAGUGAAUACUGUAAGAGGGGAGAAGCCAAGAGGGGGUUUUGCUUGAAGGCAUGUGCUUCACAUCUUGUGGUUGUGAGCUCAGAGCAAGUGGACUUGGUCCAUGAAGCCCUACAAGUGUCCUUAGAGCCACAGCUGUUGCCUCUUCAUGUGAAACUCUUUUCUGUCUCUCUCUGCCCUUUUAUUCACACAGGCCGCCCAAGGCGUCAGAACGUCUGGAGUCUCUACAGCAAGCCUAAGCAGCUCAGCUCCCCAGAGGAUUCACCUGUCCACAGUCCUAUUAGGGACUGGUCCCACCUUAAAGGUGUCAUCAGUUCAGAUGGGGAAAGCAAUUGACUCCAGGAUCAGAGGGAAGCGUAGGCAUUCGUGGGUUGCUUGUUGCCCUAAUUUUGAGGGGAAACGCCAGUUGGUCUGACCCUGACAACCAAGAGAGGGCUUCGUGAUGUUUUUGGCCCAUUUUACCCUACUCGACAUGCAUGACAAAACAAAGAUAAUGCCAAUAUUUUUGUUGCUGUUUCCCCAUCACCAGCAUGAAAGGCGGGACACAAAUGUCUCUGCUGAGGGCAAAGGUUCAUCCCUUCCCAAAAAUAUUUGUACUCCUAAGGGAGAUGGGCAGAAAGAGAGAGCACCAGUUCCUUCAAAUAGUUGUAUUAUAGUUGAGGUAUGGCCACCUUCCCCUAUGACCCUUCUUUCCAAGAGUAAACAAGAACCCUAAACAAGAACACAUGCAAGAGUAUAUUGCAAAGGAGGGGAUGUGGAGCUUCAUUUCCCAUAUGGUUUGGUACCUUGCCUCUUUUCAUAUUUUGUGGCAUUUCUCUUCCCUCUGGGCACCUCCUAAAUGAGAACGGAAUUGAUUCACUUGGUUAGAGGACAGAUGUGCCUUUGCAAUGUGGACCACAUUUAAUUAUGGAUGUUUGUUCUGGAGAUUUUACAGCUAAAAUGUUUUAUAUUUGUUAAUAAAUGUUGGACUUUCUAAGUGAGACUUCGUAC